AUGGCACAUGUCGACACAGAGUUUACAGAUACGUUGGCUAGAUCUGUUGAUCAAGUUUGUUCUCCUUUAUAUACACAAAUGUUCGAAAAAUUUGCUAAAGAACAGUCCAAUUCUCGUUCAUAUGAAGAACUUACCGUACUUGAACAUUAUCCAAAUCAAAUUGCCUGGUAUGAAGGUAAUCGACGUCAAGAGAUAAUUGAACGAAUUCGACGUACUCAUCUUAAAUGGUUCAAUAGUUGGCUUAGUGAGAAUUAUACUGGUCGGCCACCAUAUAUCAAAUGGAAUUCAGCUAUGAUAAAUAUCUUACUACAUCUAACUAACUUAUUAUUUCGAAUGGAUCUUGGCGAUGUAAUAACUAGUGACGGCACACGUGAUGCAUGUCGACAUAUCUCUGAUACUAUCAAACGUAUUCUACUGUCUGUCAAUGAAUCAAAUCAAGUAACAAUAGAUCCAGCUGGUAUACCACUUGUUCAACAACUUCUUCAAAUUCUCUUCUAUUUUACUCUGGAUAGUGAACUUGUUAUUUAUCUUAAAAGUCUUCAAUUAGUCGAUAUUAUCAAUGUACUUAUACGAAAAUCAAAUAAUGAUGAUGAAAUUCAUUUACAUGCCUAUCGAAUUCUGGCUGUUAUUAUGGCAGAAGCAGAUAUAAAACAACUUCAAAAUUCGAGUAGAAUUGCUACGGUUUUUAUUACUUUUAUUAAAAAUGUUAUUGAUGGAGGUAUUCAUACAGAAGGUCGCCUACACAAUAGUCUUCGAAGUCUUAAAGUAUUAACACAACAUGAUCAAAUUCGAGAAGAAUUAAUCAAACAAGAAGGUCAUUCUCUUUUUCUUCGAUGUGCUCUUGAAGAUCAAUUCAAUCCACUCAAAGCAAAACUUCCUGCACUUGAAAUUCUUCUUGCAUUAGUCUUUAACAAAGAAUUUGCGACUAUUCUCAAAAACAAUGAUACUUUCAUGAAUCAUAUUCGAACAUUGACUUCAUCAUCACAACAAGAUCUACAACUAAUAGCUACUGCAUUAAUAUGGAAAUUAGAAAAAGAACCAGAAACAAUAAUCAAAACAGUUCAACAACAACAACAACCUUCUUCAAUUUCUUCAUUAAUGAUUGAUAAAAAACAAUAUGAUAUCAUGAUAAGCUAUUCCCAUAAUGAUAAAGAACUUUGUCAUCGUAUUUUAAGUUCUCUCGAGAAAGAUCAAUUAUGUGUUUGGAUUGAUUCUCGAUUGAUGCAUGGUGCUACAUUUGAUGCUAUGGCUAAAGCUAUUGAAAAUGCAGAAUUUGUACUUGUUUGUAUGUCUGAUGCUUACAAGCAGAGUCCUUUCUGUGAAAUGGAAGCAAGUUAUGCAGUUAAACGUCGAUGUCAUAUUAUUCCAUUAGUUAUGACAACUAGCUACAAAGCUGAUGGAUGGCUUGGAGUGUUAACAUCAGCAUUGAUCUAUAUUGAUUUUCCGAAACUUGGUUUCGAUAAAGCUUAUCAAGAACUUAAGAAACAGAUAGGACUAUUUCGAAUGAAUAAUUCAAACUUAAUACUUGCCGAACAAAAUCAAGUCCAUCACAAUUCAAGUUCGUUAAUGGAUAGUACACCAAAAACAAAUUCAAGUGUUGAAAAUAAUAAAGAACCACGUCCAGUUGUGGAAUAUCCACAUUGUAUCGAUAUGUGGACUAAAGAUCAUGUCAAAUCUUUUCUUCUUGAUAAAGAACUUAGUAUUUUUCUACCAGCUUUCGAAGGAAUGAACGGUCGGUUAUUGCAUAAAGUUUAUGAUAUGUGCCAAGCAAGCCAACAAGCUAUGUUUUCUUCACUAAAGGAAGACGUUGCUAGAUCUCAACUGACGAUAACACUCAGUUUGAAGGAUUAUCUUACUUUUCUCGAAGAAAUAAAAAUCUACAUACCAUAUAAAACUGACGAUCGAUUGAAUCCAACAUCAGCUAUUUGUGAUAUCAUGUAA